AUGGCGGAUCUUAAUCUCCCGAAUACGCCACUUACGACGUCAACAAGCUCCGACGUCACAGAAGACGACGAAAUUGACGUCGUUAAUGACGCCACAUCGGAAAACAGCAAAGAUGACAGAGAGGACGAAUUGGCCGACGACGAUGACGAUGAUAUUUUCUCUCACCAUAAAAAGCAACGUAGGAACCGAACUACUUUUACUUCGGAACAACUCCGCGAGCUGGAAACGGUGUUUAGGCACACACAUUACCCCGACUGCACACUGAGAGAACAAAUCGCAGAAAAAGUAGAUCUAACGGAAGCCCGAGUGCAGGUGUGGUUUCAGAAUAGAAGAGCAAAAUGGCGGAAGCAAGAGAAAAACAUUGUGCGGAUGUUCGAUGUAUUACGUCAUCGCCAAGAGCAUGCGCCAUCUAUCCCAUCAGCCCUCUCGAUUUUCCCGCCAUCCCUGCCAGGAGGUACUAGUUAUUGGGAAAACGUUGUCACAACCCUUGAUGAGAAAACUGAGGAUUAA